UAACAGCGCGCGGUCUUGGGGGCUGUGGGCGAGGGGCACUUACCUGAUUCAAAACUUUGGGAUUAAUUGGUGACUCUACAACCCUCGAGUGACACUGAAUCAGCAAACAGCUCUCUCGUGAAGUAAUACGGGAGAUGGAGACCAGACCACGUACAUAGUGGGUUUUGUAUCCAGUGUGUCACAAUAUUGUUCAAAGAAGAAUCUUGAACUAAGUAACAUUUGAGAGUUGAAAGGAGGACGGGAGAAUGACCAGUGCUGUCAGGUCUUGGAAAACUUUUGACCUCAAAAGAGGUCACACAAAACAAUUCUCGGAUGAGUUACCCUUUGACCCGGGCAAGAAGAGAUGGGCCAAAUCAAGCCUUAGACGUGACGCUUACAGAGUGACCCUGCGCCAUCGCACUCUGGACGACUACCCGAUGCAGCACGGCCUGGCUGACGCAGUGCGCAUGCUCGAGCGCCGUCGUCAGGAACAGCAGACGCAGAAGCGCAACAUGGCGGCGGCGCUGAACGAGAGCAGGAACCUCAACUCUUACAGCCGGAGGAGAUUCGACGUCGCGCUGGGAGUGAGGCGGGACGAGAAAUUACCCCCGCCGAGCGAGACGGACCAGACGCUGUUCUGGAGGGAGCCACGCCCCUCUUGGACACGCCCACGCCACCACAGCGUCUCCGGCAGUGUCGCGGUGAAGAGGGAGGAGCCGCCCGUGAAGCUGGCGGAACGCCCGGACUCAGAGCCACCUCUCAGGUCGUGUCUCCCUCGACGGACAUUCAACCACGCCCGAGGAAGCCCAGAGGCGUACCCUGGUAUACGUCAGCUGGUUAAGGAAUACAAUACAGAGUUACGCGUUGUGUGCACGACGCCAGGCGAACGCAGUUGUGCUGAGGCCUGGCAGUCAGGGAGGGCCUCUGUGUUGAGUGACGUCCUGCUUGUGCCUGUUCAAGAAGACAUGCCGGAGGAUGGAGGGGAGGAGGAGGAUGGGAGCGUUAUGUCUCUCUUGUCCCUGCAGGAAGACGAGGGAGAGGAUGAGGUGGAGGGGGAAGAGUUGUUUGGGGAUCAGCUGGACGGAAGGAAAGAGGGAGCUGCAACCAGCCCAGAUGGGGAGAAAACGACCGUAUUCCCCAGUGUACCAGAGCUCAGAGGAUCACCUGGAAAGAAAAAGAAGGCAACAUCGCCAGAACCGAAAGCCCCGCCCACCGAUGACGUAGAAUCUGAACGCUCCACCCCAUCCCCGUCCCCACCAUGGAGGUGCUGGGUGGACGACGCGACAGUGUCGAGCAUCGCCGCCCCAUCAGAACCCGAGGCAGCAGCAGAAGACGGCCUCUCACCCUCCCCGUCUCCAGCUUUAUUAGAAGGACCCGGCCAAACACUGCCUGGAAAACCCGCCACAAAAGGGAGUCCCGAUACAGCGGCUCUCGCCUCAAAGACCCAGAGCAAGUUGGACGCCAAAACCGCCACAGCUCUCUCGGCGGAAAAACCGCCAAGUCCCAGCCCGGCGGAGACGCCUCUUGGGAAGAAGAAAGCCUCGGCUAAAGGAAGGAGAAGGAAGGAACCGGAACCAGUAGAGCUGCCGGAACCACCGCCACCGGUGGAAGAAGUCAAGGAGGAGGCAGAGGUGGAAGAGGUUACGGUGGAGGUGGUGGAGGAAGAGGUGGAGCCAGUUCUUCCUCUCAGCAUAUGUCCCAGCUCUGAGGGAAAAUCCCACCAAGCAGAAGUGAAGCUCUGGCUCAGAAAAUCGCCAUUUUCGGCAGCUAGCAGAAGUGUACCAAUAUAUUGGUCUUAG